UUUUAUUAUACAGAAUGCAGGGAUUGAGCUUACCCAUCGCUUUUUUGUUCUUUUUUGUAACUCAAAUCACAUCUCUACAAUCUAGGAUAUGAAAAAGAAUGUCAGAAUGGACCUGCGCAUUGAAAUCACUAACGAGAUCAGAGAAGAAUAUGAGCGUUCUGCUGAGCAAGAGGCGGCAAUAUACCAACAUGAGAUUGAGGAGCUCAAACUAGCACUAGAGAAAGAGAAACACGAAAAACAACAGCUCAAGAACGUACUAGAUGAAUUUGAGUCUAGCCUUGCUGAUAUUGCAGUGAGUACGGCAGCGGAAAUUCAAACCAUUAAGGAGGAAAACAAGAAGUUGACUGAAACUAAUGAGGAAACUGAGGAAGCCUUCAUACUCUUAAAAACACGGUACGAUGAACUAAAGGGCCUUAAUGCCAAGCAUGUCGAGAAUGAGGGUAUUCUACGCAAAGCUAUCGAAACACUCAAGCAGGACUUUGAGACAAGCGACAGCCGGUAUGAGAGCCUGAAAGAGCAUGCGGAUGCCAAGUUACUACAGGCGAGCAAGGAGAUGGAGCAAGCCAGGAUCGUAUAUGAAAAUGAGAUUGCAAUGCUUAAGGCUCAACUCAAUCGGCAAGAGAUGCAGAUGCGAACGUUAGAACAAGCGCUAGAGAUCAAAAACAAAGAGAACGAAGACCUGAUUUUGUUUUCGGAAGAGUUGAUUGCAAAGCUAAGCUGAUCGCGAUCUUAUGUAGUAUUCUAUCCAAUCGAAAUAGAAUAUUUAUUAAAUGUUAUUAAAUAUGUAUUUUACAAUUGUG